UGACCUGCUUUUCUCCCCGGCAACCGCUCUGCUUCCCCGGCAACCGCCCUCUCUGGUCCCUCCGGGUUUGUCUCUUGCAAAGGGAAGGAAGAAGGCACAAUAUUAUGGCUCCCUUUGCUUAAGAAGAGCCUGGAUUUGGCUCCAUCGGGGAUCCAUGGUUUCUAAGGCAUUUGCAGGCCAUUUAGAGAAGGAACUCCAUUCCCAGUUGCCAUGAGAAGAGCCGGGUUGAACUGGAGUGCAUUUAUGCUUCCUAAGGAAAGAUGACACGAUUUGGUCUGAAACAGACAGAAAAAACUUUGUAGGAACUGCAUCGGAUGAGGCACCGAAGGACAAAGGACAUCAUCAUUCCUCACAGGCAGAAGAGGAAGAGACAAGGACCGAAAUAAUUGCACCUAAAGUCUCUGCCUCCUGCUUCUGCCUUUGCUUAGAGCGCCUUGCGCCAUGGCCAGGCCCAGCCGGGACAUCGAACUGGCUCGCUUGGUGCACCAUGGGCCUCGCAAUCCUCCGGCAUCCCCUUCCUUUCGUGCCUUGGCCAUGCACUUGCCCAACGUCCCCAGCUACCCUCCGUCCCGCAUCCCCAUCCUGGCUUCCCGGAAGCCCCAGAACGGCAUGGAGAACCCCAGUUUCCUGGAGGAAGAGGUCCCUGGCUCUCGCAGCCGCAGCCAUAGGGGGAAAUAUCCCACGGUGAGCAUCCAGAAAGUGGAUUCGAAGGAUGGCUUUUCGGGGGAAGCCGCCUCGGUGCAACCUUCUGCCAGCAACAAAUCCCAAAACCUCGUGGUUCCGGUCACUCCAGUGGCUCUCAAGAGGAAGAAACGUCUUGUCCAAGAGGAGCCUUUGGAGGAACUGGGAGCCCUUUCUCCAAACCAGUCUCCCAUCAAAGCUUGGGCGGAUCGGUCCAGUCCCGAGAGAGACGAACAAAUCAGCUGCAGUUUAUCGGGUCGUAGUAGCUCUACCGGGAGCCAAAGCAGUGCCGUGAUCAAUGACCGGCUGCAAGAACUGGUGCGGCUCUUUAAGGACCGGACGGAGAAGGUCAAGGAGAGGCUGAUCGACCCGGACAUCUCCUCCGACGAGGAAACCCCUGCGGCCACGCCAUCGAAAGGUGACCCACAAGAGGAAGAGAAGGAGGAAAUUGAGAAGGACGAAGCCUACCAUGAAAUGCUCUGCUGCCAAUUCAAGACCCGUCCCUUCCUCUGCCGAGCGAAAAAGAUCCGAUACCAGUGGCCCAGCAGCAUCGAUCCACUUACCAACCUGCCGUAUGUCUUCUGGCUCUUCCUGGUGGUCCUGGCCUGGAACUGGAACUGCUGGCUGAUCCCGCUCCGCUGGGCUUUUCCCUACCAGACGGCCGGGAACGUCGGCUAUUGGAUGGCCGUGGACUACCUCUGUGACCUCCUCUACAUCCUAGACAUGGCCUUCUUCCAGGUCCGGCUGCAGUUCGUGGAGGGAGGAGACGUCAUCAUGGAUAAAAAGGCCAUGAGAAAGAACUACCUGAAGUCACGGCGUUUCAAGAUGGAUGCGCUUUGCCUCCUUCCGCUGGACGUCUUCUACUUCAAAGUCGGAGUGAAUUCCCUCCUGCGUUUGCCCAGGUGCUUAAAGUUCCUGGCCUUCUUGGAGUUCAACACCCGGCUGGAGGCCAUUCUGAGGAAGGCCUACGUCUACAGAGUCAUCCGCAUCACGGCCUACCUGCUCUUCAGCCUCCACCUGAACUGCUGCCUCUACUACUGGGCCUCCUCCGCCCAGGGCUUGGCCUCCACCGCCUGGGUCUAUGACGGGGAAGGAAACAGCUACAUCCGCUGCUACUACUGGGCCGUCAAGACCCUGAUCACCAUUGGGGGGCUGCCGGACCCCAGCAACCUCUUUGAGAUCGCCUUCCAGAUGCUCAACUACUUCACCGGCGUCUUCGCCUUCUCCGUCAUGAUCGGACAGAUGAGGGACGUUGUUGGUGCAGCAACUGCCGGACACACGUACUACCGGACCUGCAUGGACAAUACCGUCAAAUACAUGGCUUUUUACAAAAUACCACGUUCCGUCCAGAACCGGGUCAAGACCUGGUACGAAUACACCUGGCACUCGCAAGGCAUGCUGGAUGAAUCGGAGCUGCUGAUGCAAUUGCCGGAGAAGAUGCGGCUGGAUAUUGCCAUUGAUGUAAAUUACGAUAUUGUGAGCAAAGUGCCACUCUUCCAGGGUUGUGACCGGCAGAUGAUCUUUGACAUGUUGAAGAGGCUCCGGUCCGUUGUGUAUUUGCCCAACGAUUACGUCUGCAAAAAGGGGGAAAUCGGCCGGGAGAUGUACAUCAUCCAAGUGGGGCAAGUCAUGGUUCUGGGCGGUCCAGACGGCAAGACAGUUCUGGUGACGCUCAAAGCGGGUUCCGUGUUCGGAGAGAUCAGUUUGCUGGCUGUGGGAGGCGGCAACCGGCGCACUGCCAACGUCGUGGCGCAUGGAUUUGCCAACCUUUUCAUUCUGGAUAAGAAAGACCUGAACGAGAUCCUGGUCCAUUAUCCGGAGUCACAGAAGCUGCUCCGGAAGAAGGCCAAGCGGAUGCUGAAGAACCACCGCAAGGCCAAGGAGGAGAAGGGCUCGGCGGUCAUCAUCCCGCCCAGGGCCGGGACCCCAAGGCUCUUCCAGGCGGCUCUGGCUGCGGCCGGGCGGGUGGAGGGCCCUGGGAAGCUGGCACACCUGCGGUGGAGGAUCAAGGAGCUGAAGGCCAUGCAGGCUGCCAAUGCUACUCCGGUUCCACCCAAAUCUCCAUUCAGCCCCAUCUCGCCAACUGGAUCAUGGAAAUCGGAUGACCACGGGGGCAAGAAGGUCACUUCUGAGUCUUCGGGUCAUUUUGUCCAGGUUUGCGUGAGUCCAGCCCCCAAAGAAGAGGAUCAAGUUCUCUCCGUUGAAGUUAUAGAUGAGAAGGAAAUUAAAUAGACGGGAAAUACAACUUGCAAGUCUUGUAGUUGACCAGUUGGUUGCAGUAUCACAUACGCUUGCGUGAAUCCGCUCUGGGUUUUAGUCCGAACAGUAAUACUUUCCAAGGGACUGAAGCUCUGUAGAGAAGCGUUGAAGUCUGGAGUGGAUUCAACAGCAUCAGACUGAACACUGAAGACAAAGGAUGGCAUUGGAUCGAGCAGGAAUCGGUUGAUUCUCCACUGGAAGAAAAGAGAAUUAUUAAUGAAUUUUUUGCAAUAAGAAACCGCAGCCGAAAUCCCACGAUUUCCUUCCAUCCUACUUUGCACAACAAAACAGCGCCUUUUCCAAAACUCUUAGUGCUUCAAAUAAAUACUUACCGUAUAAGCCAACCCUAUAAGCCAACCCUAAUAUAAGCCGAGGCACCUAAUUUUACCACAAAAAAUGGGGAAACUUAUUGACUCGAGUAUAAGCCGAGGGUGGGAAAUGCAGCAGCUAGUGGUCAAUUUUAGAAUGAAAAUAGAUCCCAAUGAAAUCAAUCUGUCCACCUUUUGCUUGUGAAACUCGAGGUUGGCUUUUCCUUAAUCCCUCCUUAUUAUCCAACAUUUUCGCUUAUCCAACGUUCUGCCGGGCCGUUUAUGUUGAAUAAGCAAGACUCUACUGUAUGUGCAAGGACCGUAUAUAAGCCGAGUUUUUCAGCCCUUUUUAUGAGCUGAAAAAGCCUCCCCCGGCUUAUAAUCGGGUCAAGGUCAAGCCAGCAUAUGAUAUAUUUAUCUCUCAUCUUAUCCUCCCUUAUCAGUGUGUUUUCUUUUCCAAAACCUCUCUGGCUCUUAACCAAGGGAAUGUUUUGAAAAGGGAAAGAAGCCCUUGCAAGUCAGGAAGAAGAAUAUAUAUACCCAUUAAUCUUAUAAAAGCAUUUCCCCCUGAAAUAUUUGUUAAUCUCUGCUACAGAUACAGAGGCAUGUCCCCCUGCAAGCCUUUGCAAUCCCUAUGUACCUUUAUAUUUCAAUCUAUCUAUCUACAUUAAUGUUAUAUAUGAAUUUCUCCCUCAUAUGUUUGCAAGUCUUUGCAAAUCUUAUAUACAUAUAGAUAGCUAGAGAUUUCCAUGUACCUGUAUAUCUGUAUCUAUAUGUACACAUUAUUUUAUAUAUGAAUUUUCACCUCACAUGUUUGCAAGUCUUCGCAAAUUCUAUACAGAUAUAAUUAUCUAUAUAGAGAGAGAUGUCUAGAUAGAUAUAUAUGAACAUAGGGCUGGCAAAUAUUGCAGAAAAGGAUCACAGGGGGUGGCUGUUUCUAAGUUGCAUUUUGAUACAUUUCCAAGAAGCAAUUUAUAUACAUGUCAUAUAUAAGAAACUAGCUGUGCCCGGCCACGCGUUGUUGUGGCAAAGUGGUGGUGGUAUUGGUUUAAAAUUGUUGUGUAAUUUUUAUUUGACGUUAUUUGUAUUUUUUAAUUAAUUUUAUUGUAAGUUAUCUUUUUAUUUAUGAUAUUUUAUUAUUUUCUUGUAUUAUUUUUAGUUAUUUUCUGUUAUUAUAGUAUUUUAUUGUAUUAACUUUUUAGUGUUUUUAAUUAUUUUUUAGUGUUUUUAAUUAUUUUUUAUUGGGUUGCUAGGAGACCAAGUUGGAGGAGCUUAGCCUUCUAACUGGCAGCAACUGGAUAAAAACAAUUAUUCCUUUCCCUCUAAUUAGGACUUUAUUUUUCUUUUCUUUUUGUUGUAUCAACCUAGAGCCGUGGAUGAUGGGUUGUGUUGUCAAAUUUCGAGGUUGGGGGGCCUGUAGUUUUGUUGUUUUGUCUGCUGCCCUGAUGCCAUCACUCUUAUAUAUAGAUAGAUAGAUACUGUACACAGUUGAAAAAUACAAGUUGCACAAAAUAAUAAAGUAGAUGCAAUUUAU